UGUAGAUUGUCACUCUUGUAAAAUCAGCCCUGGACAGUAGGAAUGGAGGAAUUGUUUACUGGAAAAUGAAAGAAGGUCCUUCUUGAUUGCUGUAGUGCUCUUGAACAAGACAACAAUGAAAGUUCCUCAGAGAGUAAGUCAAAAUAUACCUGCAACUAGCUGGGCCACCAAAAUUGUGGACAAAGACAUUGUUGCAUGAAUGAUUGCUCACAGUUUGAUGGUGGUUUGCCAGCCUGAAAUUAAUCAUCUUUCACAUUCUGCUUUGAUUGAUGUUGGAGGUGGAUAAAAGGGGAAGAACAUAUCUUCCUCUACCUUGUAUUGUUUAAGUCAAGAAUCUUCCAUCUUGGCUGAAAAGCGAAGCCCUCAAAAGGAAUAUCUUGUUGCAAAGGAUUUUUUAUAUUGGAGCAUAUUUCAAGUCACCAGAGAGGGCUGCUAAGAAUAUGAGAAGAAUCUCGUGAACUAGUUCACAAGACUGUGAAGCAGAGAUUUCUAAGCUAGUCACUGGUCCGAAAAGGAAACCUUAGCAAACCAGUGGAAAGAAAAGGUGAGGAGAGACUUGAAUGACCAACUUCCAAAAUGACUGAAUGGUUCAGAACAAGGCUAUCAGCCUGCAGCGUGAAUCUGCUUUACUCAACAAAUCUAAGCUUCUUCAUUAAACUGCUGGCCCUCCUCCUGUUAUAUAAACAUGUUGAAUCCCAAUGCAAGAUUUCACGCUGUAAUUCUGAAUUUAUAGAUGCCACAGCAAGCAUGCAUAAUUUUAAAAGGAACACUGCCUACUGUAAUGCUUUGAGCGCUUACUCCAGCUGCACUCGGAGGACAGCCCGCACUUGUCGUGGGGACUUGGCAUACCAUGCAGCUGUUUAUGUCAUUGAAGACCUCAUAAUUCAGAACAACUGUUCCAAGGAAGAGCCAACUGCAGUGCCACGACCUCCAGCCCUGGCACCCAACAAACAUGAUUUCCCAUCCAUAGACACCUGUGACUAUGAGAAGAGUUUUAUCCACAAACAUAACCAAUACCCCACAUAUCAGUAUUGUGCUGUCUUUGGGGAUCCUCAUGUCCGGACCUUCAGUGAUGAGUUCUACACUUGCCAAGUUGAAGGCUCCUGGCCACUUCUGGACAACAAUAAUUUGUUUGUGCAAGCCACUAGUUAUCCUAUCAUUAAAGGAUCAAAUGUCACUGGAAUUGGCAAGCUCACCAUUAUAUUUAAAAACAUGAAAGAGUGCAUUGAAGAGAAAGUCUACCAGGCAGAAAUGGACAACCUGCCAGUAGCAUUCGCAGAUGGUUCAGUGAAUGGUGGUGAGAAGCCUGGAGGAAAUAGCUUAACCAUUCAUGAACAUAUACCUGGGCAGUACAUAACAAUCCAAGCAACAUACAUUGGUACCACCAUUGCUGUGCGCCAGGUAGGAAAGCACCUGUCCUUCUCCAUCCGGACAGCUAAGGAGAUAGCAUUCUCCUUCACAGAUGAACAGGAUCUCCAGCUGUGUAUGUCAGGAUGCUUUCUCAGCCAGCGCAUCUCUAUACAUAACUGCUGUCACCCAAAAGGUAGCCUGACCAGAAAGAAAGCUCAUCUGCUAUGUAAGGAGAAGCUACCAGUUGAAGACAUCUACUUCCAGUCAUGUAUCUUUGAUGUGAUGACUUCAGGAGAUGUUAACUUUACUCAAGCAGCACAGAAAGCAUUGGAAGAUGCCAGAGCACUCCAUCCAGAUUCCAAGAAAAUCCACAUUUUCCACAGUGAUAGGACUUCUCAUCCUUGCAGUUCACCCUUCCUUCUCUUAAUCACAGUACUACAACUGUGUAUACAACUGUAUAUGUGAACAUUUUAGUGGUGACUAAAAAGUCCAGGGGAUCAGCAAAUAUGGCUUAUUUCCCCAAAUGGCUUUCUAAGUGCUGAUAGGUGAGCUACCCCAGCCUGUUUUAAAACUAGAGUUAGGUGUCCCUUCCAAGUUUUUCUGUGGAAAUCUCAUUCUUAAGACCUGGAACAUUCCAGGAAGUUAGGAAUAUUUCUCUAUCCUGUGGUGAUUGGGAUUUGUAUUCCUAAUGCUUCUUAGUGCAAUUAAUCAAGAGGACCUUGCACUAUAUUUCCCACAUAGCCUAGUGACAGUUAUGAACUGGAACUCUUUCCCAGAAUUUGACAACAUCCUUAGUUAAGGUCCUUAAAUAUUAAUGACAAAAUCAGACAAAGGAAAUGCUUUGGCAUUAAUAUGGGCAUUCAGUUGCUUUAAGGUUUUUUUGUUUUGUUUUUGUUUUUAAAGAUUUAAUGAAAACCUGAGAAGAAAACUAAUAGUAAAUGUUCUUUGGCACCUUAAAAUAUCUGGACAGUACACUGAAUGUAAUAAACCAUUUUUUCUUCUCAGCAUUCUGGUUUGUUUAAUCUCUUCUGAAAACUGGAAAUUCACAGCUAUCUACAGAAAUAACACUGAAACUACAUUGCCUCUUUCAUUAAGUUUUAGUUUGCAAAGUCAGUGUUUCUAGAAAACAACUUUGCUCUAAAUGUCUAUAAUGAUUUGUUUAUAAUAGAAAGAAAAAUGGGUACUCCUCAAAAAAUGUAGGGGCUACUCAGAUGCAAUCACUAUAAAUGCCUGAACUAUAAAUGCAGUCAGAAGAACACAUUAUCUCUUUUACUCAGUACUUGUUUUCCUUUUCCCUGACAAACUUUUCCCAUUGAUAGCUCAGAAUGUAGAUUCUAUGGAGUGAGAUUUGAACAGCAGUUCCCAACAUAUUCUUGAAUUAAGUUGGUUCCAUUAUUAAAGUCAGAGACAAGAUAGCACUUUAAGAGUAUUGGAUGUGGAUUGAAAUGGGGUUUGCAGUGGCAGUGCAGGUUUGUACAAUGUCACAACUCCUUUGCACUAGCAUUCACACAUGCCCAUACACACAGACGCUAAAGUAAAGGCAAUGUAUGUAAGAUUUGUACUGGUUUCCAUUUCACUGUUCUGGUGCCCUUAUCUGAAGAACAUAAAUCAAGAAUGUAUUUUAAAGAUGAUAAUUUGUGGAUGCAAUUAAGUUAUAUGUUUUAUUCUUCAUAUCCCAUGAGCUUCAAUAUAAUUUUAUGUGGGUUGAAUAUCUGUCAAAAUGUGUCUUAAAUACACAGAAGGUUUAUUCCAAAUCAGUCCUCAGAAUGUUGGUGAGAUGUUUAUACAGAUGUGUGAUGACCCAAAGUAACAUAUUGCAAUUGGAAAAAUGAUUCAAAAGUAUAAAUAUGAAAACAGUUUAAUAAAGUUAAACAUGUUUUUA